GCUUCUGCAGUGUGCCUAACACUGGGUUGGCCUCUGCAGGUGUGCCGAGAGGGCCCUACGACGUGGACGAGCAAAAGCUCGACAAUUGUGGCAUCUUCACCGGAAAGGACGACAUCAACAUUGCGCUCAAUGUGGACAGCAAUGGAAAACAUGUGCAGAUCCCGAUUUUGUUCCUUACAUGCGGCGGUCCAGCAAUCGACAAGUCCACUGGACGCAGGCGCAGGUCCCGCCGGCCUCAGCCCAAACAAAAAGCUGUCAAAGGCAAAGGAAAGGGAAAAAGAUUGGCAGAGUUGCCAAACUAUGGACCGCAAUCAUUGCCUGCGAUGCCCUCCGUGGAUCCACCUUGGCUAGCUUCCAUGAAUGCUGCUCCUGCUCCAGGGUCCAAUGCCCCCCAUCCGACAGCUGCUGGGUCAUUGGAAACCAAGGAAGACAAGGAGCGCGACCGACAGAUGAAGUCAUUGGUCGCAGCACUGAGACGUCACAAGGACGAACUGCCCGAAGACCUACAGACGCUGGUGAAGGAGGUGACUGUGAGAUCAGGGCAGGACGAGACGAAGCUGUUACAUUCAGCUGUCUCGCAGCACGGCAGAGCAAAGAAGGAAGUAUCCGAGGCACAAGCUGCCCGCCUACAGAUGCAUGCUGCUUGGCGCAACUUCCUCGAGCAAUCUGUCCAACAAUGGACCCGCUACACGGCGCAGUUUGUCGAGCAGGAGAAGCAACUGAUGGACCGCCUCAAGCAGGCCCAGGAGAGCCUCGUGGCCGCCAAGGAAAACCUUGGAGCAUGCAAAAGCGCGGCUGGUCUCACGGACAAGGAAGAGACCGCAGUGAUGAGCGAUGGAGAGGAAGCCGAUGCCAAGGACACAGAGGCCAUUGCCGGCCAGAAGAUAGCCGCAAGCUUCAAGGACUUAGCGUCCAAUCUCCAGACCCUCCACUCUCAGGCCGCGCAAGCAGUCGAGAUCGAAGCCGAGCAAGAUCAGAUGCGAAAACGCCCAAGGACUGCAGCCACAGAGACGCCUCCUGGUCCAUCCGAACCCAAUCCACCGUCUUUUGGUGUCAUGGUGUCCAAACGCAAGCAGCCGAUCAGCACUCGUGUCAGCUUAGUGACCGUCAUGCCGCAGGAUGCUGGGACUUUUGACAUGUUUGCCGUUGCGUACUCCUUUGCAGAUUUCAUCAGUGGGUUUGACGUCAUACUUGCAGCCGAUGCCGCCAGGCACGGUGAUGGUUUUCAGUUAGUGGUCCGUCACUCCCCAAUUGCCCUUGCAGAAAGAGCCAGCGGUAGUCGUGAUGUCCCACAGGCCACCAGUGCCACAGCAUCCGAUGCCAGCCCGACCGAACCCACGCCAUUAUUGCCAAGCACGCCGGAGCAUCCAGCUCCCAAUGACCCUAUCUACAGAAGAUUUACCACUCCCCUGCAUCUUUUUCAAUUUCAGGCUCAUGAAAUCAUCGUUGAAUUAGUCAACGCCCAGUUAGCGCAGCCGUCCCAUGAAAUUGCAGCCGCUGCUGGGGUGCCCUUUCAGUGCCUUGAAGCCGUGCAUCCGAUGUUGGUCAAGCCCUUAGAUUUCCCAGAGAUGGCAAUCCCGGCUAUCCUGCAACGGGUUGGAGAUGUGCCCCUGCACUCCACCCAAAGGCUUAUUUUAGUCGAUGUGGUGUAUUUUCAUCAUCCAGACAUCGCACAUGCCCCAAACAGGCCCACCAUCGUCAGAACGGUUCACCGGGUUGACCAUCAUGUUGUCAGACCACAGCUUCUGUUAGUUGCAGCAGUGCUCCAUUACUGUGAGUUUCUUCAGGAUGUUUGUGAGGUCACCCUUGAUGACCGUAACUGGCCCAAAACAGAAAGCGAGCCUCGCCCAGUGAGACAUGGUUCUUACGCCAAAAUCGUGGUCCCACCCCCACAGGGAUACGAGGUUGAUACCAUGAUUGCCGCUGACGCAUGGCACACUGACUCACAGACAGACGCCAUCAUGGACCUAUUGGGUGAAGACUUUAGUGAUGAGGAUGCUGCCUUUUUGACCCAGGUCACAGCACAGCGCCUUUUCCCUUGUCCAGUCACCGCCCACCUCCGGGACAUGUUUGAUCAUUGUCUUAUUGACCCAUGCUUUGAUUUGCACGGUCCCUCCCUGCCCAGCCCAAGACAGGUCACGCAGUUCAGGCAAUCUUCGCCUACGGAACCCACUCUUGAGAACGGGCUUGAAAACGCUAUGCAUGAGGCCAGUCAAGAUGCGAUGCUGGAUUCUACCUCGGUGCCUGAGUUUGCAUCAGAUAUGCCCAAUGGUACUGUCACCCCUACUGACAAGGCAUGUGCUCUACCAGAAAGGUGCACGCAGCCUACAUUGUUCACGUUUUUCAGCCGCUCUCCUCAGGGUCCCAAUGCCACCUUUGAGUGCCCGUCACAAGAUCGAAAGUGCAAUGAGGCGCAUCAGCCGGAGCCGCCUGCGAUCAUGCAAACAAUACCCCACCCGCUGCCUCAGGCACCCAAUCCAAGACCGCGCCCCAUUUGGCAUCUUGAGCUUCAGUCCAUUUUUGAUGAACUUGCGACUGUUCGUUUCCGAGAAACCGGUCGAACAUUGUUUGUCAGUGUGUGGUACAUCCAUCAUGGCCAGUAUGCGACAUGUCAUGCCCCGCGCCAAGUUGAAUUGGAUGACACUCAUGAAUUUUGGUACGCAGAUCUAUGCAAUGCCUGGUGGGAUCAAAUUCAGCGCACGUUGCCAAUGCGGGUUUUGAUUGUGAAGCCAAACCCCGAUAACCAGCUUGCGCCCCGCGCUCAACGGCACAUCAUUCUUGAGCAAGGCUUCCAACCUGACAGAGCUGCAAUCAUUUUUACUGCCAUCUUUCUGGCCAACUUCCGUAACGGUAUUUUCCAGAAGGCUGAGUCAGUCGAUAUCCGCAUCUCGGCACAGUACAUCAUCGACAAAUAUGAUUUCAAUGUUUACUGUGAUUUCAGGCCAUGCACCUUGACCUCAGGCAUUAUGCGUUUCCAUCAGCACGUCCUAGAAGAGAUUUUCUCUGGUAUCAGUGUACAGCUCGUAGUUGGACCGCCACACAGUGCCAGGUCAGCUUCCUCAGGCAGCCUGCCCAUGCCUCAUGCGAGCAAUGACCAGACGCACGGCGACCAUACUGAGUUCAUGCAACGUGCUCGACGCUGGCAACGCCACCGACAUGAGACACCAGGCCUUGCAGCAUCAUCAACCCCCGCCACGCCAAACGCUGGAACGGUACACCAAUCACCAACUGCCUUACCAUCCGUGAUGUUAGCAGAUAUGCGUGAUUUCAGGGCCACCCUCCAAUGGAUGGUUCACCAGGCCACAGACGCAUGUACUGAUACAGCUGAUGCUCCUUUCAGGAUCCAGACAUGGUUUCUUGACUCCAACCGAAGGUCGCGUUCUGAAGAGCCGAGGACCAUUGUGAUUCGACCAUUGCCACACACAUGGGUUCCAGACAUCAUAGCCCGUUGGCGUGACGAGAUUGAUCCUCAUGUGACUUUGCACUUGCAUGUUGUCCAGCCUAUGCCAAGCGCGGGAACAGAUGAUAUCCAUGCUCAUGUCAUUUUGGUGCAGAACCCCAACGAAUUGUGGAGGGCCUCCUUGGUUUCCAUUGUGUACUUUGAUCAGGACCCUUGGAACCCGGCUUAUGUUGCCACUAUGUUGGAUGCUGAAACCACCAUCGACCAAAUAGCUUUCAGGACGCAUGUUGUGCACCCUGCCAAUCCCCGGGCCCAGCACUUCCAAGUUGAAGUACGCCAUGCGUCUGUCACCCUGGACAGCAGGUCUCCUUUCCAUGUCCGUGAUGGUUAUCAUUUCGAGCUAGUUGUGUUCGACAACUCCGACCCAUGGGCUGAUAGUGUUGCGUUGAUCCAGCUGUCCUUCACCUCCAUCAAAGCCAACAUGCGGGACUUGCAUAAACAAAUCGCGUGUGCGCAGAGGCAAUGCAUGAUCGUGCCAAAUCACCACAGUCAAUCCAAUAUUGCUGCCCUUUCCAUUACACAAGACCCACGCAAUCCCACCGUUGCCUCACCCUGGGACAGCCUGCCAUUCCACGGGUAUCUACAGGCACUGUGGCAACCCUUGGCCCUCCUGUCCCCUGAUGCAACACGCCCUGUAGUUCGUGUUACGACCUGGUAUCUUGAUCACAUCCGGUACCCUCAGAGCUUUGAGGCUAGGGAUGCCGGUUUGACAGGGGAUCCCCAUGGAUGGCUGAGGCAGAUGAGGAGGCUCUGGUACGAUGUCAUCUUGCCACAUGACCCCCUGCACUUCCAUAUAGUACAGCCUCAUCCUCCCAACAUGCAGACGGAUGUUGCCGCGCACGUCAUCCUAGUCCAGCAGCCGGUUGAAGGGUUUCGGUCUGUCUUGAUCACUUUGUUCGAUUCAGCUUUUAUCGGAGAACAGGUAGACAGAUUUGCCACCAUGGCCCCUUCCCCCAUCACCUUCCCCACACUUGUUGGCCUUGCUUACCGUGAUAUCAAUUGCCAAGAUCCUACCAACACAUGUGAUGCCUGGGUAGGUCGUGAAGAAUUGCACCCCACUGCUCAACGAGAUGUGAUCAAUGGCCACUCACUCGUAGUGUCGGUUCACCAUGGAAUCUUUGCCCCAGGAGGUGCUGGCGACCCCUGGCAAUCGACCAUGCCCAAAGAGUGUCCCAACCACAGCAGACGACAGAUUCAGGAACAUCCGGUUCCCAUUUACCUGAAUGCUUGUUUGCCUGCAGGUGAUUUUGCAAACCCGCAGUUCCAGGAAGAUGCAUCGACCCUCCUAUGGUUUGCUAACCCCAAUUGGCAACGGACGGUCGCAGAAUCCCUUUGUAAUCACCUGUGCACGGUUCCGGCCAACCUUUGCCUACCGGAACCCACCUGUGAAGGCAUCAUGCAGAGCGUUUGUGCGCCUUUUGACCCUCAUGCACAUCCCAUCUAUGAAAUUUACAUCGAUGGUGCCACUGGGUCUACCCAUGCUGGAUGGGCUGCCGUGGUUGUUGCCUGCACCCCUGAUUCUCGCAGACUCCUAGGAGUCACAGGUGGCACAGUUGAACUCUCCCCAAAUGCGAUGCAAUGGGUUGGUGCUGAUCGCCCAGACAACAUUGCGGCCGAGCUCACUGCCUUACUAGCAGCGCAUGCCAUCAUCCUGCAACAAGAUACCGUGUCCCAGUUUUGUAUCCGACCUGAUCUGAGCCUCAGCCGCAUCAUUGCCCAGGAGUUAUCGACCACCAAGGCACACCCAAGAUUAGCACAACUUUGCCGUGUUGUCUCAUGUUGGAACAAGGCUAGGGCCCAAUACCUUGAGGUCCGGGGCCACACACAGGACCCCUGGAACGAACUGGCUGAUGCGGUCGCCAAGUAUUGCACUCAACCUAGUAGAUCCUCAGACUUUGCAUUCUCGUUUGCACAAAUGCAUGAGCUGGCAGUCGAGGCCCAUGACAUUGCCUGGGACUGGCUCCACUAUGAGCAGCCUGCUCUGCAUGCUUGCUUACCCCCUGCUUUGAUGAUACAGUGGUGCAAAUCACAGCAUGCCAGCCUCCCCAACUUAUGCCUGCUGCAACCAUUGCGGCUGAGGUCGGUAGACGCCAAGGAGGGCGCACGGCCAGGAUUGACGCCCAGUUUCAUGCUGCCCGCAUCCAUGCCGUUGGCCUGCAGGCGCCUCAUUGUCCACAUUGACUUUGCCACAUGCACUUGCACUUUUGCUGUGCUACACGCUCCAUGUUUGCAAAAGUCACAGGGAGAUGGCCACCACCCCAUCGAAAGGAUCCAGCACUGGUGGAUCGAAACUACUGAUAUUAUCCGUAGCCUGAGCCCAUCCACUCUCAUGUGGGUGUGUAUCGAUGCCAACGCAGCCUUGGCCACUGAAGCAACUCAGUUUUUUGGUUUGCAUGACGCUGGCCGUGCCACCCCCCAGACCGAGUGCUUUGAAACCUUCCUGCGUGAGAUCCAGCUGUACGUGCCCUCCACGUUUGCCCACAUCCAUCAUGGCCCGUCGCACACCUGGUCGCAUUCCAAUGGCAAUCGCCACAGAAUCGACUACGUUUUAGCCAAUCAUGCUGCCUUCCAGCUCACCCAGCGUACGAGUGUCAUGAUGGACUAUGAUGGCUCUUUCACGCAUGAUGAUCACAUCCCGGUCAUCCUUGAGGCACAAGGCUGGGUACGCAUCACCUCCACAACUCGGAGAAUCCAAUGGGAUGAGGAUGCCAUGCUUGACCCCACCAGAUGCGCACAAUUCCAGGAGGCCCUGGCCUCCCUACCUCUGCCAACCUGGCAAACGCACCCCAAUGACCACUGUCAGAUUUACGAGACGCAACUGCUCGCACUAGCAAGGCAGUUUUUUGAACGCAAGUCGUCUGCCCGGAGGCGACCUCAGCUUUCCCCAUCGACGAUGCAAGCCAUUGCCAUGAAACGCCACGUCCUUGAUUGUGGACGCGCCUUUCACCUCAUGCAUGAUCCUGUGUUCAAAGCAGAGCUGAAGGCCCUUGAAAUUGACGUCAGGUGUCGUGUGCGCAAGGACCUUGCCUUCCUCUAUGACCAGAUACUUGUACGGCUGCAAGAAGCUGGACUAGCGUCAGAUUUCAAGGCCAUGUAUGGAGCCAUCACCCGACUGGGCGGCAAGCGCCAUAAGCGCCCUACGCCUGCCAGGCCCCUGCCCAUGCUCAAAACUCCCACUGGUGCCCAUGCUCAGACCUUUACGGAGCAGCAACAAAUCUGGCUGGAUCAAUUCUCUGCCAUUGAGGCCGGCAUCAUUCUAUUGCCGGAAGAGGUCACCACCACUCCUGCAAACCCUUGCAUGCCCACCGACACGCAGCAGCCCCAAUGCUUCCCCACAUCGUGGCAGAUACAGGCCGAAGUUGCGAAGCUCAAGCGUGGCAAAACACCGGGGCCCAACCAAAUUACCCCGUCAGUCCUUAAAGCAGCUGGACCCGUGUUUGCCAAACAACUUGCUAUCCUGACCACAAAGGCAGCAGCACAUGCAGUUGAGCCUUUUGCUUGGCGGGGGGGAGUCCUGGUGCCACUCCAUAAAGGGAAAGGACCACCCGAUGAGCCGCAGUCCUACCGCUCCAUCUUUGUGUCCAAUUACACAGGAAAGCUCUAUCACCGCGCGAUUAGGACGCAACUUGAAGCGGUGUGGGAAGCAAAGAUAUCCUCCCUCCAACUGGGGAGUCGCCGAGGGAUGGGCACCGACCUUGCCCACCACCUUCUGGAGGCACAUCAGGCUGCAUGCUUUGCCAAGGGCCAACCCACUGCCGUCGUCUUUUUUGACAUGCGUGCAGCAUUUUACUCCGUCUUACGCCAGUCGCUGAUGUACUUGCCACAAGACCCCACCGCGCUAGUGCACGCCCUGCGCAGGCUAGGUGUCACCCAGCAAGAAAUCCAUCAAUGGAUCCACGCCACGGACGCUGACAACGCAACCGAAGGUGCGUGCCUGCACCUCCAGCAUAUAGUGCGGGACACCAUGAGCCACACGCAUUUCCAGGUUGCCAACCGCCCUGAACUCUGCUGCACCACCCGUGGCACCCGCCCGGGGGACCCGCUGGGUGAUUUACUUUUUAACAUGAUCAUGCGGUUGAUUUUGGAGGAUUGCCGGGCUUCCUUUCAAGAGCAGGUCCACUGUACAUGGAUGGGGUCGCCACUGCACCUCCAGUCCUUUGCCUCUGAUCAUGUUUUUCCUGAUGUUGGGUUUUUAGACUUGGCCUAUGUUGAUGACGCUGCCAUUGCUUUGCAUGCGCCCACACUUGACCAGUUGGUCCCAAUGAUCCAACAGGCUGCGGUUGCCAUGCACCAAGCCACACAAAAGCGAGGAAUGCAGCUCAACUUUGAAAAGGGUAAAACCGAGGCACUGUGGGCAAUCCGAGGCAAGGGCUCCAAAAGCCUUAAGCUUCGCAUUGCAGACGAUGAUGGCCACCUGUGCUGGUCUUCGCAGGACAUGCCCUUUCGACUCAGUGUCACGCAGAGCUACAAACACCUGGGAACCUGGCUCCAGGCACCCCCACGUUGUGCCAGAGACAUUCAAGCACGAGCGUCCCUUGCCAAAUCAGCCUGGGGGUCCCUCGCCAAGCCCAUGUACAGCAAAUCGUAUGUUGCCCUUCACACCAAGAUGCAGGCAUUCCAGGCCUUGUCCAUGUCCCGUCUGUUGUAUAACGCCCAUACAUGGUGUACAGCCAGUGAGGACGAUCUGCAGAAAUGGCAAAACCACAUGCGCAAGCCUGUAGGCCUCAUGGUUAAGCACACGCUCAUGGGCGCGCCACCAACUCACCUCGACACUGAGGAUCUGUUUGGGAUGGCUGACCUGCUCCCACCCACUGACCAGCUGCAUCUGGCCAGGUUACGGUACUUCAAACGGCUGAUCCAAUACUGCCCCCAAGCCCUUUGGACUUGUCUCACCUCUGCACUUGGUACCCAGCACUCCUGGUUAGAUGCAUGUGCCCGAUCCUGUGAGUGGUUCACCAGGUUCUACCCGCAUUCCUUUGGUCCUUCUAAUGCAGACUCUGCCAGUGAAUGGAUCCCUUGGAUUGCCAUGGAUGCUAACUGGAAAGGCCGACUCCGCGCUGCGGCGGCUGCUUGUAAGCGACACCGUCGCGCCGUAGCUGAAUACCACUUAUGGCAAAAGCGGUUUGAUCGGACCUUUCUUGCCGGAGGCGGUGUUCUGCCCGUCCAGCAAUCCGUGCAGAAUGAAACCUGGUCAUGCGACCAUUGCAGCAAAACGUUUGCGAGCAAGAAAGCCCUCGCAACGCAUGCCAGCCGCGUGCACGGCUACCGCAGGAUCGUCAAGUUCUAUGCCAUUGGAAACUCUUGCAAUGCCUGCUGCAAAUGUUACCACUCGCGCCAAAGGUUCAUUGAGCACCUGAAGUUUGUCCCUUCUUGCUUGGACACCCUGCAAGCUUGUUUUCCAGCUUUGGAUGACGACAUGGUGCAUGCCCUCGACCAAGAAGAUCAAGCCCACACACUGGCCAUGCGGCAGCAAGGUUGGUGGGCCACAAAAGCCAUGCAACCGGUCCGCAAACUUGCAGGGCCAACCCUCCCUUCCGCAGGCUCCCACGAGGCCGCAGUUAUGAAGGGUAAGUGGGAACAGAGGCUCCAAACAGCUGGCACAGCCUUUCAAAACUUGCAAGGGAGACGCUUGACUGAGCCUGACUCUGAGCCCCAGGUUGUGUUUUUCAGCGAUGACAUCCCGGCAUUUGUGUUCCAGUCAGCGUACGGUCCAAACCACGGAGAUGGCAGAUUUGCAGUAGGAGGUUUGGCAAGAGAGCACGCCAGGCUGCACAUCAAGACCCUAGUCUUUGUACAUGUGUUCUCCGGGUUUCGCAGACACAAUGAUCUGCACCACCUGCUCGAGCACCAGGUCUGGGGCAACCUCCAUUUCUUUGUGCUGUCAAUAGACAUGUGCAUGCAGAAGAUUGAAGGUAACCUGGCAUCGUCGCAAGCCUUCGAAUUUUGGAAGCACCAGAUCUCCACCGGCCAGGUGUGCGGAAUGGGCGGCGGCCCACCGUGUGAAACUUUCACUGCAGCGAGGUUGCUCGAGGGUGGCCCGCCACCGCUCCGCUCAGGCUCUUGGCCGUUAGGUUUUCCAAACCUCCGACAACGGCAGUGGCAACAAUGCAUGGUCGGCACUAGGUUGAUCUGCUUCAUCGCAGAGGCCCUCCUGUGCCUUGCACACUCUGGUGGAGCUGGUUUCCUGGAACACCCGCAGUUCCCGUUGUGGGCCAAGGGCAAGGACCCAGCAAGCAUUUGGAGCAAUCGAGAGAUUCGACUCCUUCGCACUCUGGCUUGUGUUGGCGUGACGUCAUUCGACCAGUGCACCGUCGGAAGUGAUGCAAUCAAACCCACCACCAUUUUGCAUGUGAGGCUCCCUGAGUUGAGAACGCUCCUUCUUGGAAGUGGCUGCAGUGGCCGUUGCAAUCAUGGGCCCCGUGCACAUGAAAGAAUGGCAGGGAGAGACGAGGCAGGCGAUUUUCGCACUGCACGUGCAAAAAUUUACCCUGCAGGGCUCAAUGCAGUCAUCGCCAGGGCAAUUCACACUUUUGUACAGGGCACAUUCGAUGGAUGCGACACUAGCCCCUCGAUGCCCAGCGAGUUUGACCGGUAUGUGGUGACAGAUUUUGUGCCCAUCGGUGUCGUGCAGCCUGACUACCAUGGGUAA